ACAACUGGGUGAGUGGCUCUCUGCUUAUUCAGGAACGAAUCAUCUCGCCGUCAACACUGACGCUUAUCUACGUUCUCACAGAUAUUCUGACCCUCCUUCACAACUACAAACAAGACUACAUCAAAGCUCUGACUGAAAUUAAGAAUCUGAAGGAGCUGCUUUCUCAGACACGUAAGCCAGACCUUGAUCUUCAAGGACAAUACAACAAGGUAAAGGCCAGACUGGAACAAACGAUUGCAGAGCUGAAGAACAGCGGAGACUCCGACACUGCCCUCAUUCUGACUGUAUUAAACCUGCACGAUGAAAUCAAGGCUCUAAGGGAAAGGAUCUCCACCUCGACCGAUACAAAUGACAUCGCAAGGCUGCAGAGGCUUCUGCGGGAGAAACAAGAGGAGCUGAACAGCAAGACGGAGGACAUAGAAAGACUGAUUCCCAACCCACAGAUAAUCUUAACGAUUAUUGAGCUGCAGAAUAAAAUCAGGGAGCUUCAGAGUGAUACCAAUGCAACGACUGGAGAGAUGACAGCGCUGCAGCAGAGACUGAAGGGUCUGCUCAGUGAGCUGGAGAGCGAAGACCAAGAGAGCACAAAACAGAUGAUGACAAUCCUGGCCCUGCAGAACGAGAUAAAGUAUCUUCAGACAUUGCUGUCGAACGCUGAGGUUUCCCAGUCCCACACGACUGCCCAGCUCAAAAACCAGCUUGAAGCCAAGCAGGUGGAGUUGGACAAAGUUUUUAGGGAGAUGAGCGAGAGGAACCAGACAAACGGCAAUCUGUUGGUAACCAUCUCUUUCCUGCAAAGCCAGCUCAGGCAACUGGAGAACAAAAGAGAAACUGAGGGAGAAACAACUUCCGCCACAGUAUCCAAGCUGAAAGAACAAUUGAAGAUUAAAGAGGAGGAGAGCCAGGAACAGCAGGCUUUGAUUAAAACUCUGCAGAUCGCUUUGAACCAGACUGAAGCACAGUGCUCUCUGGAUAAGCAGAAAAUUCAAGAUCUUCAGAACGAUUUGGAUACCAAGCUUCAGAAACUCAACUCUACAUCUAACACGGUUACAUCUCUUGCUCUUCAAGUUUCUACACUCACUGCUCAGCUAGAAGAACUCAAGGCACAGCUGGAAAACUCUGUUUCUUCAUCUAAAGUUGAAGAGCUUCAAAGAACUGUUGAGCAGAAAAGUGCAGAACUGGACAAAAAAGUGGAAGAGCUGAGACAGAAAAGCGCUCAGGCACAGAGAUUUUUACAGAUUAUCGCCUUACAAGUGGAUAUCGAGCGACAGACGAUCGUGGCCUCAAAUGAGACGGAUUACGCCAAGGUCAGAGCACUCCAAGACCACCUCAAUUACCUGAUAGAGGGAAUUCAGGACACAGACAGUGAAAACACAAAACUGACGUUUCAGAUUUUGGCUCAUCAAGACGAAUUAGAAAGACUGAAAAAGGAGAGGGAGAGUCAGCUUGGAGCACACGUCAAGAAAAUCAAAGAUCUGGAAAACGAAUUGGAGUCAGUCAGAGCUCAGAUAAAAGAGAAAACCAAUUUGCUGGGGAUAAGUACCACCAGAGUCGCAAAUCUGUCCGCUCAGAUCAUGGAACUACGAGAGAAAAUCCCAACGCUGCAGGAGGAAAUAUCAGACCUCAAGCAGACGUAUGAAGAAAACUACUCAGAGCUUCAAGAGAGAUUCAAUUUUACCAAGACGAAGCUGCAAAACACAGAAUUUCAGCUCAAGCACGCAGACGAGAAGAAUUUUAAACUAAUAAUGGAGAUCAGCGACCUGAGGGCUCAGCUGAAAAAAGCCAAGGAACAAACUUCCAGAGGUUCCAGGAAGAGCAUCGCUGGCCUGGAACAACAGCUAAGGACCCAAGAAGCAGCGAACAGAAAACUUGAGAGCAGAAACCGCGACUUAAAGCAACGGGUGGAAGAGCUGGAAAUGCGCUGCAACGCCAACACCGACUGUGAAGACCUGGGAAGACAGCUGGAGCAGAGCCAGGAGGAUGCAGACCGCCUCCAUCGGCAGCUGCAGGAGAAGGACGCCGCUCUCAAAAAGCUGCAGAGCGACUUCGAGCUACAGCGCCAGGAGAAAGACAAGCUGCAGGAGAACUACGACGGUUUGGUGACAAGACUAACGGAUGUGGAGGACAGGACCAUCUAUAACACGAAGAUCACCUGGGAUCCACUAACGGCGCAUCCGAGAAUAGCUUUGUCCGCCGACAACACCGAGGUGUCCACCACCGAAGACGUGCUCCAGGUCCAGGACAACCCCGGCAGGUUCAGCGUGGUUCUCGGCGUUCUGGGCUCAAGCGGUUUCUCCAGAGGUCGGCAUUACUGGGAGGUGUCCGUUGCUGAGAAGAGAUGCUACCACAUUGGGAUGGCCAGUGAAUCCGCUAAGAGGAAGGGAUCGAUAGCCUUCAAGCCCUCACAGGGCUUCUGGACCAUAAUCCUGAACAAACAGGGUCAACUCAAAGCGAUUGAUAUGAACCCUGUACUUCUUCAGGUUGAGAGGCUGCCCAUUACGCUGGGCAUCCUGCUGGACUACAACAGGGGACAGAUUUCCUUCUAUGACUCCGGCGCCAGAUCCCAUUUGUACUCGUUCUCGGGUCAGAAGUUCACAGACAAAAUCUACCCGUUUCUCAACUACUGCGUUGAGGAGGUGGAAAAUCCUCAACCAAUAACUUUACUGCCUCCGGGAUCAACUGACUGGAUCGUUUAAGCGGCACAAGUCCAGUUUUGUCACAUUUUUCUAACAGGUAUGUAGGGCUGGGUGAUUAUUCAAUAUCAAUAUAUAUUGAUCAAGACGUAUAUCGAUGACAGAAAAAAAUAGUCAAUAAAGUUUUCCUUCCUUUUUUCAUUUUAGCCUAUCCUGUAGGUUAAUACUAGUCAUUACAUCCUCCCAACCAAUCACAAAGCAGACCCAGAAACACUCCAACCCCCCCAAGCUCCGCCCCCUUCAGAGUCCACAGAGCAUGUGAUCUUUUUCAUUUUUGACAUACUUGCAGUUUUGGCAAGAAGUUGGUUGAAUAAAAGGCUGAG